UCACUUCACUUGUAUUGUGUGCAUGUUGUUGUGUAAGAUCAACGGUGACAGUUACAGUUCAGUUACUUCAAUUCGGAUAGAGUCAUGGCUCAGUGUCUCUGAACAAGCUAAGGGUCGGUCCAACAUGACCAAUUUUAUAGGACUAAGGUUACCACUUCUUGGUGCUGGCUUUUCUUCUUGUUCAUGUUCAUGUUUUUCUAAAAGGGCGCAAAUAAUUCUUCUGAAGAAAUGGGACAAGGGUGGUUUUGUUAAGGCUUAUCCUCGUCGCAUGGUUUUGGGCAUUGGUGCUUCAUUCUUGGGUAUGGCCUCUUCUGCUUUUCAGGGUUCCAAAUCAUUCAUUGCCUCUGCUAGGAUAAACCCUGGUCCAUCUGUUAAUGAGAUACUGAAGAAUGUGGAAUGGCCAGAGCAGUUCCCUUUCAAGGACGAAGAUUUCCAGCGCUUUGAUGAGUCUUCAGAUGCAUUGUUCUAUGAUGCGCCUCGAUUCGUGACACACAUCGAUGACCCUGCAAUUGCUGCCCUGACUAAGUAUUACUCCGUGGUUUUCCCACCUAGCAACACUCCUGGAGUUAGUAUCUUGGAUAUGUGUAGUAGUUGGGUCAGCCAUUUUCCACCAGGCUACAAGCAAGAACGAGUGGUCGGAUUAGGCAUGAAUGAAGAAGAGCUUAAGAGGAACCCAGUUCUCACAGAGUAUGUUGUGCAAGACUUAAAUGUGAACCCCAAACUUCCGUUUGAGGAUAGCUCUUUUGACGUAAUCACUAAUGUGGUUAGUGUUGAUUACCUGACAAAGCCUCUUGAUGUGUUCAAGGAGAUGCGCAGAAUACUUAAGCCAGGUGGACUUGCAAUAAUGAGCUUUUCGAACCGAUGCUUCUGGACAAAGGCCAUUUCAAUAUGGACAUCAACUGGGGAUGCUGAUCAUGUUAUGAUUGUUGGGGCAUACUUCCAUUAUGCUGGAGGCUUUGAACCUCCUCAGGCUGUGGAUAUAUCUCCAAAUCCAGGACGCUCUGAUCCUAUGUACAUUGUGUACUCGAGGAAGCUCCCUACAGCUUGAGAUUCGAGAGUGACAUAAGUUGCGAAUUCACGACGUUGUAUCUACUUAACAGCAUUGAAUCUGAUGGGAGAAUCUGUACCUAGUGCAUGUUUUUUCUAUGGCAAUGUUCUUGCUAUUUUUACAUAGCAAUGCUUCUUGUGCACUAGGAUCUUCAUGGUAAUGUUACUCAAAAUCUGCAGAAUAAAAUAUAACUAUUAUUUUUUCC